AUGAAAAUACUCUUCUGUAUAGUAUUGCUUUUAGUUGUAAAAGGGGCAAUCAUAGUCACAUGUCCAAAAAAUGGAUUUGGUUGUGUAACAUAUGGAGCCAAUACAAUUAUUUAAACAGCCAGAACAAAUUCAUUGUGCAGAAAUGGUAUUCUAUAUUAUGAUCAUUAAAGGUUAUUAUUGGAACAACUAAGCAUGUAUGCCAUGCAAAAAUGCUGACAUAGUCGUAGGUGGUUAUUACACUUGUAGUGCCUAUUAUGAGGGAACUUCAUUGACAUGUAUAUCAGGUUAUACAUUGAUAAAUGGGUAAUACAGAAAUGUAUAUUUUAAGUGUAUGUGUUCAAAUACCUCUUGGUUGUACAGCUUAUGGUUUAAAUCAGAAUUCAGAUGCUUAUGUUUGUACAGCAUGCUUAUCUGAUUAUACACUUAAAGCAGGUGUAUGUAUCAAUAAUAGAUAUUGUUCAUCAUGGGAUGAUAAUGCUGUUUGUACAUCCUGUUAGACUGGAUACUUUUUAAAUUGGGAUUUGAAAUUUGCAUCAACAAGUUCUAAUUUAAACAAUCAAACUGAUUGGAUUAAUACUUAUUAAACAUAUUAUAAAUUCCCUGGAGAAUCAUUUUGUAGUGUAUGUUCAUAAACAAUGGCUAAUUGUAAGUCUUGUAAUUCAGCGUAAUUAUAUAUAUCAAUAUAUUAUAGUUAUACUUGUACAUAAUGUAAUGAUGGUUAUUAUUGGUAAUAAUCAAUCAGUAGUACUUAAUUGACAUCCUCAAAUGCCUAAUUUGCUGGUUCUUGUGUAAGUUGUCUUACAAGUGGAAAUUGUUCUACAUGUUAAGGUUCUUCUUGUACUUAAUGCAGAGCUGGUUAUUAUCCUACUAAAGAUACAACCAGCACUGUAAUAUUAUCUUGUAAUUUAUGUCCAAAUGGAUGUUCAACAUGUACUUCAUCAACUUUUUGUACUGAUUGUUAAACUUCAUUCUAUAAAUAUACUGAUAACUUAUGUUAUCCUCUCAAUAAAUGUGCUUCAAUCAAUACAUAAUUAACAACUAUUCCAACAACACCAAAAUGUUCAUCUUGUAUAGCUGGAUAUGCAUUAGAUCCAAGUGGAACAGGAAUUUGUUAUUAAUGUGGAAAUUGUGAUAGUUGCACAAUCCCUACUGGAUAAUAAACAGCUUCUUUAUAAACUUCAUGUACUACUUGUUGGGAUACGUAUAAAUUUAUCAAUAUAUAAUUUUAGAUAUUUUGGUGUUAAGGAUACUAAUGGAAUAGUUACUUGUAAACCAUGUACUCAAGCUUCAGAUUCAUUCUUGAGAUGUUAAGGUCCAGUUGAAAAUUCAUCCCUUAAUGGUGUUGUACCAACUUAAUGUUAAGAUGGAUACUAUUUAUAUACUUUACCUGCUUCAGGAACUACAUUAGCAUAAACAGUUUGUGUACCAUCAAAUUAAUCAUAACAAUGUGUCACNAUUUUAAUGUAUUGA